UAAGGCGGCGCGCGGUAAACGCUGGUUGGCUGAGAACGCACAGGCGUUCCAUGCUGAUUGGUCGAUUCUUGAUGCCCGGUGUCCGGGUAAGAUGGCGGCGGAAGAGCAGUGCUCGGUACCACCUCGAUGGCAGUCGAUAUCUUUAACGCACGUAGAGUAUCCAGCUGGUGAUCUGGCAGGGCAGAUCCUGGCAUACGCCAGUCUUCUGCCGAUGGCAAUCCUGGUUGGCUUUGUCACGCUCAUUGUCUUCAAGAGAGAGCUCCACACGAUUUCGUUUUUUGCCGGUUUGGUGAUGAACGAAGGGCUGAACUGGUUGCUGAAACACAUCCUACAGGAGCCCCGCCCAUGUGGAGGAGGCCACAGCACAGUAACCACAGAGUACGGCAUGCCGUCCAGCCACUCGCAGUUCAUCUGGUUCUUUGUCGUUUACUUUUUCCUCUUUCUUUAUUUAAGAAUGCAUCAGACAAACAACGCCAGAUGUGUGGAGCUGUUAUGGAGACACGUGCUGUCAAUCAUUCUAUUGGGCGUGGCUUUGUCCGUGUCAUACAGCAGAGUUUACCUUCUCUACCACACCUGGAGUCAGGUGAUAUAUGGGGGCGUAGCUGGAAUGGUGGUCGGCGUGGUCUGGUUUUUCAUAACACAGGAGGUGCUGACGCCGAUCUUUCCCAAGAUAGCAGCCUGGCCCAUAUCAGAGUUUUUCCUGGUGAGGGAUACAAGUCUUAUUCCCAAUAUUCUGUGGUUUGAGUACACGGUCACCAGAUCAGAAGCCAGAAACAGACAACGAAAGCUGGGAACAAAACUCCAGUGAUCUGCACUCUCCGCUGGUUCAAACUGACAAAAAAGGACCACAAACACAUACACACACACAAACGCACACACACUCACUCUCUCACUCAUACACACACUCCUACAUUCUAACACACUGGAGACCGAACGUCUGGACUGUCCGGGUUGAGGCUUUCCGUUUUCAUGCGGACCAAAAACGAGAUUUCAGUCGAGAGGUCAAAGGGGCAGGGCCUGUGUAGGGGAUCAACCCUCUCCUCUCGUCAUCUCUUUCCGGUGCAUGCUGACCGUGCAAGAGGCAAAGCUAUUUAACAAGAAACGUAAUAUAUACUUUAACCAUUAAUGCACGAGGGUACCUGGUUUAAAAUGGGAGUGAGAGAGAAAGAUAGAGAAGAUUCUUUAGUGACGUAUAGCUGGUUUUUGUUACAGCAUGACAUUUUCUUUUAGAAACCGUGUAAGGGGGACUUGUUUGGGUGGGGUAUUUGUAGCAGAAAAGGAGUGAAAGAGGGAAAGUACUUUUUCAUAGUUUCCAUACUCUGGUAAUAUGUAAUAUCAAGUAAAAUAAUUUGCACUUUGUGACUCAGUAUGGAAAAAAAACAUUUUAAUUAUACUUAACACUAGUUACAUAAGAACAAAUGCUUUAAAUUGCUCCAUUUUUUUUUGUCUAUUCAAGAAAAGGCUACAUUCCAAAUUUAGAUUUUUAUUGAUAUGUAAUUCCCAUGCAGAUCACUUAUUUGUCAAAAUGAUUAGUCCAGUUUCACACUAACUGCUCUGAUUGGCCAGAAAGCUUUGGUUGCAUUUGCUUUCAGCAGCAUUUUUGUUUGCUCUACAUUAGUAAAAUAUACUGGAGGUGACCAUAAGCCGACGAGCCGAAGCAGGUGCGUUCGAGUUCAGGGGUCCUGAUCUGCUUCAUCUUUUUAUGCCCCAUAUGUUUAAAAGGUACUUUUAUUGUUGUUGUUGGGAAUUUUCCCUCUGAAAGUAAUAUUAAUAAAAGUUUACCUGACCAUUUA